UUGAAACUGUCGGCUCGUUAAUUUUAAUGUCUCUAAGUGGAUAAUUAUUAUAGAAUAUAAAUAAUUUAUUUAUUAUUUCGAAGAUGUUUUAACUGAUAUUACAUUAUUUAUUUUAAAUAUGUCGAGUGGUGUUAGAAAACAACAACUACCUGCACGCGAUUUUCAUCAUGGAUCCUUUUGAUACUUCUUUGCUUGAAAACCCAGCAGAGUCAUUUCUGGCAUAUGGUAUGGAGAAAUAUACAACAUUGAAUCAUAUCAAACCAUAUCAACUAUCAUCUUACGCAUUAGAUCAACAAAGAAACCUAGCAGAGAUUUCCAGAUUAGCACCGGUAUCAAUUUUCAAUGGUAAUCAAUCAGGAGAUCGCCUAAUUCCUUCCAGAUUUAACCAGAAUCUAGAAAUAGCACGAUUUAAUCUCAUAAGUGAUAUAAAACCGCAUGAUCUAAAGUUGGAGCCAUAUCUCAGUGUUCUUUCUCAGAUAAGAAUGUUGAAUAGAGCUUGGAAAACGCGUCUCAUGAUCCAAGCUCUCGACAAGUUGGACAUUGCCAAAGGAAUUACUAAUCAUCGAGUGUUAAAUUUUAAUAGUAAACCUAUUUUUACACUUGGCAAAACAAAUGAUCCUGAUUUUGUUGAUGAUACUUGGAAAGUUAGACCAAGAAAAAAACCACUCAUGGACCACUGGAUCAAGUUGGUUGAUAUUGAUGAAUCUCGUUCAAGGCAAGGAAUGAUUGAUUGGAGUUCAACGAACUUGAUAGCAGCAGUUAUUCAGCGUGAUCUUGUAAUAUCAACAUACGCACAUUUAGGAGGUAAUCCUUUAAUAAAGAUACCAAUUUGUAACUUUAUUUCACCACCAUUAAUAAAAAUCAGCUGCAUUAAAUGGAAUCACGCUGGUGAUAGAAUUGCUAUUUCUGCCAAACCACAUGUGCUUUUUUGUUGGGAUCCCAAAUUCACAAAACCUUUAUGGAUUAAAAAUUGUUUCUGUACAACAACUUGUACUAUUCGAUGCAUAGAAUGGAGUAAUACAGAUGUUGAAAUAGUCACAGGCUGUACACAGGGAUACGUAUGUGUGUUUCGUGAUUUUAAACGCACGGCAGGAUCACGUGUGAAGAGCUAUAUUAAACUGCAUCAUGAAACCAUUCUAAACCUUAUGAUUUCUCCGGAUGAUCAUUUUAUAGCUACCACUGGAUUGGAUAGAUGUGUUCGAAUAACAUUGUUUCCUGAUAUGAUACCUUAUCUUGAGAUUGGAUAUUAUGAUCCAGCAGAGUCCUUGGCUUGGCAUCCAUGGCAAAAAGGAAUGCUCUGUAUAGGUGGUGGUAUUGGUGAUGGCUCAAUAUCCCUCUGGGACGUCCCAAAACAGAAGUCGCUGGGCUACAGACGAGUAGACUUUGUUAGUCACGUAAAACGUGUAGUUUGGAAUAAGCUCAGUGGAGAACUGGUUGUCGCAUGGUAUUACUGGCAGGACAAUGUUCGUUAUUUUACAAUUCCUGUUCUAGCUAGUUGGGACCGAAUUGUUGAUGCUGUACCACUUGAUAAUAGUCAUCCUAUUGAACGACGUAUUGGUAAUGUUCUUUGGAAUCCAGAUCAUACUGUUUUAGCCAUCCAGAUUUCAAAUUAUCUUUAUUUUUGGAAUUUCUUUGGACACAAUGCGUCAUCCUGGAAAAAUAGGAACAAGAAUAAAGGUUCUGUUAAUCAGAGAAGUGUAUUCGAUCUUUGUUGUAUCCGAUGAAAUUUGUUUGGCAUGGCUUUAUGAGUUCUCAUUUCUCGGUUGAGAGAACAACGUCACGAUAUGAGCAAUAACAACUGAAUCGAGUAUGUAAUUUAAGAUGGUGCAGGUGCAACGUUAGUCUCGCUAGAUAAUCAUUCCUUGUGAUAGAGCCAACACUAUCCGUUGUCUUGGCAAGGAGCAGGAGAAAUGCAAGGAGGAGCAUUCUAACGACCAAUUGCCACGAGUUCGCUUCAUUCUCAAGUUAUACAGAAGAGCUAUAUGAAUAUGAUGUCGGUGUAAUAAAGUUAGCUGAAGAACUACUGCAUGUAAUCCAAUACCUCACUCUACUUCUCAUCAACUACAUCAUUACGUAAAACAAACUACCGGAAUUAAAACAUGACUUUUUAUUCUUCCUUAAAGGUCUUCUUUUCUUGUUUACUAUAAGAAAUCCCUGUUUUCUCUGCACAUUUAACACUAAUUGGUAGAAUGCUACAUUCAUGAAUUUCUGAUUCUCAUAAAGUUCCUUUUAAUUGUUGACUUGACAAUUUUAACUGACUUGUUAUUUCUGUACUGAUAUAAAA